AUAAUCCUCCCCACUGCUUCUUUUUCAUAGCAUUCAAUGCAGAUAACAUCAGGCAGCUGAGACAAGGCAAGGAACUCUCAGAAAGGUUUGGCAUGGGCCACACUAAGGAGCUAUGGCAGUGUGCGGCAAGGAAUACACCAACGGAUGGAAAUAUCCCACAGUUCUUCUCUGCCUUUUUGGAUUUUGCGCUAAUAUGAAAGCGUUGGACCCAUUUACUGCCCAAUAUUUUACAGGCUCAUAUCACAAUUUGACAGUUGAGCAGGUCAAAAACUCAGUGCUCCCAGUAUGGACCUACAGUUACAUGGCAUUACUGAUCCCGGUGUUCCUGCUAACGGAUUACCUGCGUUACAAACCAGUCAUAUUCCUGCAAGGCCUGGGAUUAAGCAUUUCUUUGCUUCUAAUGCUGAUUACUCAUGGUGUUCAAGCUAUGCAGUUGGCAGAGUUCACCUAUGCCAUUUUCAGCUCCUGUGAUGUGGCCUAUUAUUCUUACAUCUACAGUAUGGUGGACAUAGUCUAUUAUCAGAGGGUUACCAGUUACUGCAGAAGUAUAACAUUGGUGGCUGCUAUGCUUGGUGCCAUGCUUGAACAGACCCUAAUGACAUUUGCUGGAGUUUCCUAUAUCUCCCUCAAUAUACUGACACUGACAUUAGCACUAUUGAGUCUCGUGUGCUCUUUGUUUCUCCCCGUACCCAGUAGGAGCAUGUUCUUUCACAAAAAGAUGCCAGGAGACACAAUGUUAUCUAAAGAAACAGGAUUGCCAGAGACACAAAGACAAACUGAAGAUACCACCAUGCUUAUGGAAACGGAGAAAGCGAGCAGAACAAACGUCUUCAAUGUGUUUUGGCUUCUGUGUAAAGAAGUGAAAGAGUGUUACACAUCCAACCAUAUCUUGUACUGGUCCUUGUGGUGGGCCCUGGCCACACCCAUAUACAAUCUACUGGUAAACUAUUCUCAGCUACUAUGGGUAUAUGUGGAACCUUCUGGGAGGAUAAAUGCAUACAAUUCGGGAGUUGAUGCUGUGUCCACCUUUCUAGGAGCUAUAUUAUCUCUGUCAGUCGGGUAUGUUAAGGUCAAUUGUGAGCUGUUCGGGGAAGCGGUUCUUACCUGUCUCUCCAUUGUUGAUGCUGGAGUCCUUUUCUUUAUGAGUUUCAGCAGAAGUGUCUGGAUCAGCUAUGCUGGAUACAUAAUAUUCAAAUCCUCCUAUAUGCUCUUCAUCACCAUUGCCACAUUCAACAUUGCUGUUAAUCUGAGCAUGGAACGCUACGCUCUACUUUUUGGCUUCAACACAUUAGUUGCGUUGGUUCUUCAGACCAUCCUGACAUUGUUUGCGAAUCACAGUGGGCUUGGACUGGACAUUACCUCUCAGUUUUUGGUGUAUGGAAGCUACUUUGCUGUUACCGCUUUGAUAUUCAUGUUGUGGACCACAUAUCUGAUCGCCUCUCACUACUGCAAGAACCCAGACAAUGACCUUCACAGUACAAUCAAGGCAAUGUCCCCCCAGGGAUACGGACUAAACUCACCUACAGCUGGAAGUGUUGACCCUGACAAUGUUUCACACAAACACUCCUUCACUCAAUAAGCCUGGGUGACAUUGGAAAAGGGGGAAUCUAAUUAACAGCUUUCAGACAGUUUUACUUAAAGGAUGGUUAUACGGGUAUGGGAUCCGUUAUCUGGAAACAUGUUAUCCAGAAAGCUCCAAAUUAUGGGAAGGUCAUCUCCCAUAGACUCCAUUUUAAUCAAAUAAAUCAUAUGUUUUAAAACAGGUUUCCUUU